AUGCCAGAAUCAAUGAAGUUCCAAAUACCACCACUGGAUCUCUGGAUGGACGAAGAACGCGGCAACGGCCACCAAAAUCAGCAGGAGGAGCACUAUCCUGAUCCAUGUUUCUUUCCUUCGUUGAGUAAACAAGCUACUGGGUCCGGUGGAUGGCUCAGAAGUCGUACACAAGUACCCGUAAUCCUUGGGGUGCAAAUGGUUCAACUCUGCCAGUCCAUUGAUGUGACGAUCCCUGCUGUGCUCCUCGGGGCAUGGGGCUUGGUUCUGAGAGCAUACACAGGGACUGACGCAGUCUGUUUUGGCUAUGUAGAGCCUGUGGCAGACACCAGUCAAAGUGAUUCGGCCGUCCUGCGUUCGCCCUGCUUCCUGGACAUGACCGAGGACCUUGCACCCACGCACCUAGUCAAACAGGCUCAAAAUGAGUGGAUGAGACUGCGGGAAACCAGACCAUGCUCCUCGAAUAGCUGCGGGCAGUCAAAUAAUAUUUCCAGCGCUGCGCAGUUUAACACAUCCCUGGCAUUUGUAUCACCUACAUCCACUGGAACAAUAAGGGCGCUCAGCGUGACUGAAGGGUGGACUCGCGAUGCUCCGGAUCAGGACGGCCUUCUCUUAGAGAUUGAUAUGCAGAGCGCGGAGGUCGUGCUCUUCUACGGAAACUCUAUGCUCACCGCGGACCAAGCGAUUGGGGUCCUAGACGCGUUUUGCGUCGCCGUAGCUGGUGUCACGGACGACAAGAAUCCUACUAUUCGAGGCCUGUCCCUUCUGGGAGAUCGUGACCGAGAGAGAAUUUACGGAUGGAACGCAGUGAUACCCGAGCCGGCCAGUCAGUGUAUCCAUGAAUUGAUCGAAGCGCGUUGUAAGCUGCAGCCAGAAAGGCCCGCCGUCAAUGCGUGGGAUGGCAACUUCACUUACCAGCAACUCUCUCGUCUGUCGGCAGAAUUAGCCGCCAAGCUGGUGACAAAAGGGGUGGGCCGUGAGGUGUUUGUGCCAAUAUGUCUGGAGAAAUCCCGCUGGGUGGUUGUGGCUAUGCUUGGUGUCAUGAAGGCUGGAGCCGCGAUGGUGCUGCUUGACGUCUCCCAUCCUCCAGCACGUCUGCAACAAAUCUGUCGGGAGGUUUCCUCCCAAGUAGUGCUGACAUCGCCGGAGUCCGCCACCAUGGCUCGCACGCUGGCCCGUCAGGUUGUCGUGUUGGGGUAUGGUGAGCACGAAAGGGGAAAACUAGCUAGUGAGAUUGAGAUACCGUCAGUUAAGGCCGAAAAUGCGCUAUACGCAGUUUUCACGUCCGGCUCGACUGGGUCCCCCAAGGGAGUGAUCAUUGAGCAUGCUACUUUCCACUCGAGCGUGCAGCCCUAUACCCAGGCACUCCUCCUCGACAGGGAGUCUCGUGUCUUUCAAUUCGCGUCCUAUGCCUUUGAUGUGAUCAUUUUCGACACCUUGAUUGCCCUUAUUGUGGGAGGAUGUGUGUGCAUUCCUUCCGACACGGACCGAUGGAGUGACGUGGCUAGGACGAUCGAACGUUUCCAGGUGAACCACGUUUCGAUAACGCCCACCGUGGCCCGACUACUCAAUCCACAAGAGGUUCCGACGUUGAAGACCUUGGCCCUCGGAGGAGAGCAAUUGUCAGCCACUGACGUGGCCCGGUGGACAGACCAUGUGCAUGUCAUUAAUCUUUACGGUGCAUCAGAGUGUCCGAUUAUCUCGCUUCAACGCAAAACACAAGACGCCCGUAGCACAGGCGAUGACAAUGGGACCGAAUCCCACGUGGCGAUCCUUGCCGAGCCCACCAACGAGUUUCGCUCUCAGAGUGAGAGGUCGCGGCAUCACAUGCAAGAGGCCUUGCCUCCCUACAUGGUGCCCGCCAUAUUUCUUCCGCUGCGAACUCUCCCUUUGACUCGGACAAGCAAAACAGAUCGUAGGCGAUUACGGGAGUUGGCAGGUGCAUUGACCCGAAAAGAGCUGGAGCAAUUUCAACCAGAACCGACUCGCCAACGACCCCCGAUAACAGAGAUGGAAAAGGUCGUCCAGAGGUAUUACGCCGACAUCCUGCACAUACCCCAAGUAAAAGUUGGGGCGGACGAUCAUUUCUUUCACCGUGGGGGGGACUCAGUUACAGCCAUGGCACUAGUGGCUUCAGCUCGCAAGAACCACCACAAGAUCACGGUGAAAGAUAUCUUUGACCAUCCUCGGUUGUGGGAAAUUGCCUUGAUCAUGCAGUCGGGUUCGGAUUGGACUGAAUCCCUUCCCCAGCGCUUUUCUCUCUUGGGGCCGGUGGAAUUGCAACAUGUUAUCACAACAGCUGCCGCACAAUGCUCGAUUGAUCCCAAUGCCAUCGAGGACAUCUAUCCAUGCACGCCGUUGCAGGAAGGCCUCGUGGCAUUGUCCGUGCAAGACUCGGGCCCGUCAUUCGUCACAAAGAUUUCUUUGGCGGUCCCUGCAGAUCUGGAAUUAGAGCGACUGCAGCACGCAUGGAAUAAGGUGGCUGAGGCGAAUCCAAUUCUCAGAACCAGGAUCAUCGUAUCGGAUCUCCAUGGGAUGCUUCAAGUUGUUGUCCGUGAACAUAUUGCGUGGGACAUGCACUUAACGACUGCACAGGUGCCGGAAUAUCCAGCAGUGCUUGGCGAUUCGUUGGUGCAAUUUGCCAUCAGUCCAGUUGAGGGAAGACCAGACGCGAUAUAUCAGUUGGUAAUCCACAUGCACCACGCCGUGUAUGAUGGGUGGACGCUCCCAUUGCUACUAGAUGACCUCAAAGCAGCAUACAACGAGCUCUCCCUCCCAAUCCGACCGUUCACUCCAUUCAUCCGCUAUCUGGCGCGUAUGCAAGGCCAGGAGGCAUAUUGGAAAUCAGUCAUGACUGGUAUUCAUGGUGCAGUAUUCCCUUCGUUGCCGUUGACAACGUGUCACCCGACCCCAAGGACUGCCAUAUCGAUCCGCACAACAAUCAACCCACCAGCCGACCGGGAUUUCACGGCCAACACCUACAUCAGUCUCGCGUGGGCGCUCACACAAGGGCAGAUUCAAGACAGCCAUGAUGUCUUUUUCGGAGCCGUCAGGUCCGGUCGAAAUUCGUCGGUGCCCGGAAUUGAAACCAUGACGGGGCCGACCAUUGCAUCUGUGCCAUCGAGGAUCAUCUUCAACCCAGCAGACCUCGUCAGGUAUGCUUUACAGAAAAUCCAGAAAGACAUGACGGAUGGAAUCCCCUUCGAGCAAACAGGCCUCCAAAAUAUCCGUCGGUUCGGGCCAGAUGCAGCGCGGGCAUGCUCCUUCCAGACACUACUCGUGGUGCAACCCGAGAGACGGGGCGGAGACAGCUCUCUUCUGCCCGAAAUGACCUCGACAACCGACCAUUAUGCCUGGGUGACAUACUGCUUGACACUGAUCUGCAAUCUGGAAGCUGAUGCACUCCAUAUCGAGGCGGUCUUCGACGACCAUGUGGUGCCGGAAAAGCAGAUGCAAGGUAUUUUAACUCAGUUCAUUCGGAUCCUUCAUCAGCUCCAUGCAAACACAUUGGUCCCCAUUGCCAAUCUGCUGAGCCUGGCCCCGGACACAGCAUCGUGGUCGGGACAGCUAGAGGACGGUACUACGUUUUGGAAAGAAGAGUUGGGCGAGAGAGAAGGUCUCCCUACUUUUCCUCGCCUGCCUUCGAUAUCCUAUGUCCCAUCCGUGGAUCAACGAUUAGAAUAUUGUUUCACCACAAGUCUAGAUAGCCAAACGCCGCCUGAUGCCACUGAGACCAUGCUCUUGGCGGCCUGGGGAAUACUACAGGCACGUUUCCUGGCUUCGUCGGAAACGGUCUUCGGCGCUGCCUUGGACAACUCCCGGGUGGUGCCAUUUAAGGUUCGAAUCGAUCAAGAAUUGGCUGUUGAAGAUUAUCUAGUGGCCAUACGUAACCGCUUCCAUAAAUUCCUUUACCAUAGAAGCGAUGGCUUCGAGGCCAUUGCUCGCCUUGGUAAUGUCCCAGCCCCAGCAUGCGGGUUCGAAAGCCUCCUAAUGAUGCGGCGUGAUUGCAAAACGACCUGUCGUAAUUCUGAGCUUCAGAGUCUCAACAAGGCUUUGGUCAUCGAAAUCGCAAGCGAUUCUGAUAGCACAAUCGUCCAGGCGCUAUUCGAUUCGAACGUUAUUAGCACUCAGGUGGUCACUCGCAUGCUGCAACAGUUCGAGCAUGUCGCAUUGCAAUUGUCCAAGAAGCGGGCAAUUGCCAUGAAAGAAGUUGAACUAGCAACCCCGCGAGAUAAAGAAGACAUAUACCGGUGGAACGGCACAAUUGACCGUCGCAGUAACACGACUGUGCAUUCUCUGAUCCAGAGGCAGAUUGAAAAUCAUCCGAAAGAUCAAGCAAUCUGCUCCUGGGACGGCGACAUGACCUAUGAACAGCUGGACAGGGUUUCCACCAAGCUGGCUGGGUACUUGAUGGAUUUCGGGAUCGAUACAGAGACCUAUAUUCCUAUAUGUUUCGAGAAGUCACUCUGGUCCAUCGUGGCCAUGCUUGCUGUGAUGAAGGCUGGUGCCGCCUUUGUUCCACUAGAUCCCUCAGCUCCAGAGAGUCGUCUACAAACCAUGAUUGAAGCGGUUCAAGCCACGACCAUGCUGAGCUCUAAAGCCCAGCACGACCGGCAUCCAAGACCAUUGUCCUUGAUAAAUCCUGGGAACGCUUGA